UAAUUUUAAUUAGUGUUUAAUAUAUUUAUUUUUUGUACAAAUUGUGUGACAAUUAGUGCCUUCAAAGCUAUUAAUGUUUUAAUAAUAAAAUGAAAGUCAGAGUAUUGUAUGAAUUCAUAGCUCAACCAAAUUCAGGUGAACUCAGUAUUAAUAUAAAUGAUUUACUGACCGUUACCCGACAGGACAUCGGCGACGGCUGGUGGGAGGGAACCACUCAAUCGGGACAAACGGGACUCUUUCCGGCCGGUUAUGUGGAGCCCGUAGCCGAUGUACAACAGGACUAUACUCGAACACAACCUGAAUUACCGCCAGUGCCGGUACAGCAGAUACAGCAAGCGGUCAACAGUGCCCCGAACUAUGAUGACGGCGAUUGGGGUGACGAUGACUGGGACGAUGACGACGACAGUCAGGCCUCUAAUUCUCAGUCCAAUUAUGAUUACAGCCCGCAGUCGCCGACCAGUCUUUAUAGUACUAAUGCAACGACUCCGACGUCGCAAAUACAGCCGAUAACCGGUCCGUCUAAACCAAUUCAACAGCAAACGGCUCGCAAAAGUUUCAAUCGAUUUUCGACUUUUGUAAAGUCCGGCGGAGAGGACUAUAUAUUGGGUUAUAAAAAAUUAAAUGUCAAUCAAUCUAAUUUCAUCUUUAUUAUUGAUAACGAUUGUACAUAUAAAUGGGAACCGAAUCCCAAUUUAUGUCAAGUUAUGGUCGAUAAGCCUAAGAAAGAGACUAAAAUGAAAGGUCUGAAGAGCUUUAUUGCCUAUCAGUUGACACCCGACACGACUCGCAUUCAAGUGAGUCGUCGAUACAAACACUUUGAUUGGUUACACGAAAGGUUUCAAGAAAAGUUUACAACAAUACCGAUACCGGCUCUGCCCGAUAAACAAAUUUCUGGCCGAUAUGAAGACCAAUUUAUUGAACACAGAAGACUACAACUACAGUCGUGGGUCAACCGUAUUUGCAAACAUCCUGUGCUCUCGCAAUCGGAUGUGUGGAACCAUUUCUUGACGUGUGGUCCGGACGAGAAAAAAUGGAAAUUAGGUAAACGAAAGGCUGAAAAGGAUGAGUUGGUGGGCGCCUCACUAUUCUUUGCUAUACAACCACCUCCUAAUAGCGGCCCACUAAACAUGAUAGAUGUAGACAGAAAAAUGGAUCAAUUUAGUCGAUUUAUUUCAAAAAUGGAUGAUUCAGUAAAGUUAAUGUACAUAACAGCACAGGAUCAAAGCAAGAAGUUUGCCGGUCCUUACAAAAGGGAGUUCUCUAAGAUUGCCCACUCUUUUCAAACACUCGCCGAUUCAUUUGCUUUCAGUGGAGUCGAACGCAAUUUAAGCAACGAAUCGCUAAAUAAAGCCAUAAAAAAUACGAGCGAUACCUAUGAAGAUAUCGGCAGAUUGUUUGCUGAAGAACCUAAACAUGAUUUUGCGCCGAUGUCUGAUAUGUUACAUGAAUACAAAGGCAUACUAACGGCUUGGCCAGAGAUCAUGCAGGUCCACAAGGGAGCCAUGAAUAAGAAGAAGGAACACCAAAGAAUGCUAGAAGAAGGCAAGAUUGACAAGACUUCGGCGGAUCAGAUCAAUAGUCGCGCCGAUGUCGUCACAUUUGCCACGUAUGCAGAGAUCAAUCAAUUCCAAGAAGAAAGAAUAGACGACUUCAAGCAAGCGAUGCAAAGUUUUCUUACGUCACAAAUUAGAUUUUAUCGGGAAAUUGCCGAAAAACUUGAGGGAACGCUAACAUACUAUAAUUUUUAA